AAAACGAAGCUUGUUUUUGUUCCUCGUUCAUUCUUAACACACACAACAUAAAUACAUAUUUUUUUUCUCUGUCUCUCAGAAUUUUCAAAUCCUUAAUUUUUAUCUCAAAAAAAAUAUUCAGAGUUUUUUAGUUUCAGAGUUGCACGUACCACCGUUUCUCUUCUCAUUUUUUUGCUCCGCUCUCUCUCUCUCUCUCUCUCUCAAUUCCUCUUUCUAUGUAACGUAAAGAAACAACGUUGUAUUAGAGACACAACAAUCGAACCUUUUCUUGUGAUUUUGUUCUUUUGUUUUGAUCGAACACUUUUUUCUCUUGGAGAUCUACUCGAGUUUUUUCCCAGCAUAAUUUUCUUGGGAAAAUCUGGGAAAUUCAUAAAGUAUGAAGAGGGUAAGAGAUGAUAUUUACUCCGCCUCUGCUUCUCAAUUCAAACGCCCUUUUGGUUCUUCACGUGCUGAUUCCGGCUAUGGCCAACCCCAAGUCCCUGGAGGUGGAGGUGGCGGAGGUGGAGUUGUUAUUGGUGGAGGAGGAGGAGGCGGUGGAGGAGAAACUCCUUCCCAGAAACUCACUACCAAUGAUGCCUUAUCCUAUUUGAAGGAAGUGAAAGACAUGUUUCAAGAUCAAAAAGAAAAAUAUGAUAGUUUCCUUGAGGUUAUGAAAGAUUUCAAGGCUCAAAGGACUGACACUGUUGGUGUCAUAGCAAGGGUCAAGGAACUAUUCAAAGGGCACAACAAUUUGAUUUUUGGAUUUAACACUUUCUUGCCAAAGGGAUAUGAGAUAACACUUGAUGAGGAAGAAGCUCCUCCGAAGAAAACGGUUGAAUUCGUAGAAGCUAUUAGUUUUGUGAACAAGAUAAAGCAUCGAUUCCAAAGUGAUGAGCAUGUUUACAAAUCAUUCUUGGACAUUUUGAAUAUGUAUCGCAAAGAGCACAAGGAUAUUGGUGAGGUUUACAGUGAGGUUGCUACCCUUUUUAAGGACCAUGAAGAUUUGCUUGAUGAGUUCACUAGAUUCUUACCAGAUAAUUCUGCAGCACCUUCCACACAGCAUGCUCCAUUCAGUCGAAAUUCAAUGCAGCGCUUUAAUGAGCGGAGCUCCAUGGCACCUAUGAUGCGGCAAAUGCAAGUAGAAAAGCAACGAUAUCGGCGAGACCGGUUUCCUUCUCAUGAUCGUGAUCUGAGUGUUGAACGCCCUGAUCUGGAUGACGACAAAACGAUGAUGAACAUGCACAAGGAGCAGAGGAAACGUGAAAUCAGGGAUAGAAGAAUUCGUGAUCAUGCUGAGAGAGACCCUGAUCUUGAUAACAGCAGGGAUUUGAACUCACAACGCUUUCCUGACAAAAAGAAAUCUGUUAAGAAGUCCGAAGGUUAUGGUUUGGCCUCUGACUUUGCUUCUCAUGAUGAUAAAGAUGCAUUAAAGAGCAUGUAUAGUCAAGCAUUCAGUUUCUGUGAGAAAGUUAAGGAGAAGUUGAGCAGCGCUGACGACUACCAAACAUUCUUGAAGUGCCUUCACAUUUUUAGCAAUGGAAUAAUAAAAAGGAACGAUUUACAAAAUUUGGUGACCGAUUUACUUGGGAAGUAUUCUGAUCUCAUGAGUGAAUUCAAUGAUUUCUUAGAGCGUUGUGAAAAUAUUGAUGGGUUCCUUGCUGGUGUCAUGAGUAAAAAGCCACUAUCUACUGAUGGUCAUUCAUCAAGAUCAUCCAAGUUGGAGGACAAAGACAAAGAACUGAAGCGUGAGAUGGAUGGAGCUAAAGAGAAAGAAAGAUACAAAGAGAAAUACAUGGGAAAAUCCAUUCAAGAACUUGACCUUAGUGACUGCAAACGUUGUUCUCCAAGCUACCGGCUUCUACCUUCUGAUUAUCCAAUUCCUAUGGCUAGCCAGCGAUCUGAUCUUGGUGCUCAAGUAUUGAAUGAUCACUGGGUAUCUGUGACUUCGGGAAGUGAGGAUUACUCUUUCAAACAUAUGCGCAGGAAUCAAUACGAAGAAAGCUUGUUCAGAUGUGAAGAUGACAGGUUUGAGCUGGACAUGUUAUUAGAGUCUGUGAGUUCCGCUGCUAAACGGGCUGAGGAGUUGUACAACAACAUUACUGAAAAUAAGAUCAAUUUGGAGAGUCUGAAUCGUAUUGAAGAUCACUUCACCGUUCUAAAUCUAAGAUGCAUUGAACGCCUAUACGGUGACCAUGGUCUUGAUGCUCUUGACAUACUGCGUAAGAACCCCACUCAUGCUCUGCCUGUAAUAUUGACUCGAUUGAAGCAGAAACAAGAGGAGUGGAGUCGGUGUCGUUCAGAUUUCAAUAAAGUUUGGGCUGAAAUUUAUGCUAAGAAUCACUACAAAUCACUUGAUCAUCGUAGCUUCUAUUUCAAGCAACAAGAUUCUAAGAACUUGAGCACAAAAUCUUUGGUGGCUGAGAUUAAAGAAAUUAAAGAGAAGCAGCAGAAAGAGGAUGACAUCAUUCAGUCUAUUGCUGCUGGAACUAAACAUCCUCUCAUUCCACAUUUGGAAUUUGACUAUUCUGAUGCUGAAGUUCACGAGGACCUGUAUAAACUUGUUCGCUAUUCAUGUGAGGAAGUAUUCUCAAGUAAAGAGUUAUUCAAUAAAAUUAUGAGGCUCUGGAGUACCUUCUUGGAACCAAUGCUUGGUAUUACUUCCCAAUCGUAUGCGGCAGAAAGGGUAGAGGACAGGAAAGCAGGACAGAAUGGUCGAAAUUCUGCUGCACCAAAUGUAGUAGCCGAUGGAAGCCCUCACAAAGACUCAAUUUCGAUGAAUUCAAGGUUACCGAAAUCUGAGAAGAAUGAUGUUGAUGGUAGAGUAACUGAAGUGAAAAAUGUUCACAAAACUAGUGUUGUGGCCAAUGAUAAAGAAAAUGGCUCUGUUGGUGGCGAACUUGUUUGUAGAGAUGACCUUUUAAUGGAUAAUAAAGGGCAGAAAAGUGUCGACUGCAGUGAUAAAGCUCCUGGAUUUGGUAAACAGUUUUCGUCCGAUGAACAAGGAGCGAGGAACAGUGCAUCUGUUGCAAUUAAAGGAGAAAACAGUAUGAACAAAAUCAACAUAGAUAUGUCUCCAGGCCGCGUACUUACUCCAUCCCGACCUACCGAAGCUGAUGUCUCUGUAGCCAUGGUCAAGUCUCCAAGUGUUAAUGUCUCUGUAGCCAUGGCCAAGUCUCCAAGUGUUAAUGUACCUUUGGUGGAGGGAUGUGACAUUACUGCUCCGGUACCAGUGGCCAAUGGCGUGUUAGUUGAGACCAGUAAAGUUAAAAGCCAUGAAGAAUCUUCUGUUCCUUGCAAAAUUGAAAAAGAAGAGGGUGAAUUAUCUCCAACUGCCGACUCUGAGGAGGAUAAUUUUGUUGCUUAUGGAGAUUCAAAUGCGCAAUCAAAGAACGAUGCUGAUAGAAGGAAAUAUCAGUCUAGAAAUGGAGAGGACGAAUGCCGUCCAGAGGCUGGAGGUGAUAAUGAUGCCGAUGCUGAUGAUGAAGACAGCGAAAAUGUUUCUGAAGCUGGUGAAGAUGUGUCUGGAAGUGAGUCUGCUGGUGAUGAAUGCUUCCGGGGAGAUCAUGAGGAGGAGGAAGAUAUAGAACACGAUGAUGUUGAUGGUAAGGCUGAGAGUGAAGGUGAAGCUGAGGGUACGUUGUGUGAUGCACAAACUGGAGGAGAUGGUUCGUCUUUACCUUUAUCAGAGAGGUUCCUUUCAACUGUGAAACCUCUCACAAAGCAUGUUUCAGCAGUUUCAUUUGUUGAAGAUGUGAAGGACUCAAGGGUGUUUUACGGGAAUGAUGAUUUCUUUGCGCUUUUUAGGCUUCAUCAAAUUCUUUAUGAAAGGAUCUUAUCUGCGAAAGAAAAUUCAACGGGUACCGAAUUGAAAUGGAAAGCAAAAGAUGCUAGUUCCCCAGAUCUUUAUUCAAGAUUUAUGAAUGCACUGUACAACUUGCUUGAUGGAUCUGCCGAGAAUGCUAAGUUUGAAGAUGAAUGUCGGGCAAUUCUCGGGAAUCAAUCUUAUGUGUUAUUCACUUUGGACAAGUUAAUAUAUAAACUAAUCAGACAGCUUCAAACUGUUGCAACCGACGAGGAAGACAAUAAGCUUCUCCAAUUAUACGAGUACGAAAAGUCUCGGAAACCUGGGAAAUUAAAUGAUUCUGUAUAUCAUGCAAAUGCACAUGUCAUCCUUCAUGAGGAGAACGUAUAUCGGUUUCAAUGUUCCUCUAGCCCCUCUCGGCUCUCGAUCCAGCUCAUGGACAAUAUGAACGAAAAACCCGAGUUUUCUGCUGUUUCUGUUGAUCCAAAUUUUUCUUUUUAUCUGCACAAUGAUUUUCUGUCUGUCCUUCCUGUCAAAAAGGAGCCUCAUGGCAUUUUACUGGAAAGAAACAAACCCAAAUAUGGGGACUUAGAUGAGCUUUCUGCAAUUUGUGCUGUCAUGGAAGAUGUCAAAGUAAUUAAUGGAUUGGAAUGCAAGAUAGCUUGCAACUCUUCCAAGAUUUCUUAUGUUCUUGACACACAAGAUUUUUUCUUCCGUCCAAGAAGGAAAAGACAAAGACGAACAUCAUCUAGUAUGACAUCUUCUCGGUCUCGCAAGGAGAGAGAGGAAAGAUUCCGCAAAUUGUUGGCGUCCUCUUAAACUGUAUAUUCAUGGUGAAGAAGAGUUUUCACACACAUACUUUUAUGUUCAUAUAAGAGUCUUGAUGUGGCAAACCUAGGAACAAAAAUUUUAUUUAGUUCAUAAUGUACUUGAAAUUUUACAUGAAAGUGAAGGAGGGGGAAUAUUCAUAGGAAUGUGUUUAUCUGUAUGAGGUCACAUGUAUGAGUGCCACUCCUUUGUAAAUAGUUUGCUUCAUUAUUUAUUUGUAGAAUAUUGUACUAAAUUGAUCUUUUCUUCAAUAGUUGCAACACUUUUAAUGUUGCUUCAACCCUUCCAAGCUUGCAUGCAGAAGGUUGUGAAUUGUGAUGUGGUUCUUUUUAUUUUGUAUCCUUCUUAAUA